AUAUUUUCAUUUGUAUGUCGCCAUUUUUUGUAAUAAGUGAAGUUAAGGCAGCAAAAUUUUCACAAUUUGUGUUGUAUUACUAGUUACAAUUGCAUAAAUUAUCUUUUUUCACUUUACGAAUAAGAAACUUAAGGAUGGAUAAAAAAUCCAAAGAGGCCUUACGGCGAUAUAAAAAAGCUCGUCAGGCUCAUUCAAGUAGUGAGAGUAGCAGCAGCUCGGACUCGGAUUCAGGCUCUUCGAGCUCAUAUUCAAGUUCUGCCAGUGAACGCCGCGCUGGACGACAUCGCCACAAAAAAGCUCGCCAAGCGACCGGACCAACUUCAGCGCGCCGUUCAAGCAGUUCGAGUGACAUUGAAAGACGUAAAAGAGAAAAACGAGAACAUUGUCAAAAAAAAUUGGAAGCCAAACGUAAUCAUUUAAAACGAAAAUUAAAAGAAGCAAAAUUGAAGAAAAAAGCGGCUGCUGCUGCAGCAGCUUUAAGUGGUCAUUCACACCGUGCAUUAUCGCCCUCAACGCAGGCUAAGUUGAAAAAAUUAGCUGAACGUAAACAUUUAAGAGCCGCCAGUAAAGAACGACGUGAACGUGAACGUGAAAAGCAUCGUGCAGCUGUUCGGGAAAGAGAACAUCAUCGUGGCACCAGCAGGUCACCCACUAAAAUCACCAAAAUACGCAUUCAUCAAGAUGUGAAGAGACAAAAGAGUCCGCCGCGUGUUCAUCAUCAAUUAAUGUCACGUGAAAAAAUCAUCAUACAGACCAGAACUAGAGAUCGUACACCAUCCGUGGAACGGGAGCGUUUGCGACAUGAACAUAAAUUGCGUCAUGAAGAAAUGCUACGUGAACGUGAACGUCGCGACAGGGAAGCGGCUCGUGAUAAGGAACGUGCUGAAGCUCUCGCCAGAUGCCAAGAACGUCAACGAGAACGUGAGCGUCUAGCCCGUGAAAAGCUCAGGCGUGAAGAGGAAGAAAAAUACGGCAAAGCUAGCAGUAGCGACAGAGAUCGUUUAUUGCCACGUGCCUCGGAACGGGAGUUAGCAAUUGCAAAUGCUCGCGGUUAUAGUUCGCGCGAACGUUCAUUAGAAAGAACAAAACGUGAAAUGGAUCCCUAUGAUCACGCUUAUAUGAGAAAACAUAGAGAAGGGGAUUUUAUUGGACAGAGUGAACAUGAACGACGUACGCAUUUGGAGCGUGAAGAACUUACGAGAGAACGUGACUACCUGACAGCCCGCCGGCGUGAAAUGCACGCUGAUGAAUAUGCUGGUCCAGGUCGGAUACGUGAUAUAUACACUGACGAUGACCGUGAUCGGAGCUACAAACGGCCCUAUUUAGAAGAUGUUCGCGGCCAUACGUUAGAUCGUGAAGCGUGGUUAACAGAGCGUGAUAUUCGCGAGCGUGAAAUGCAUGAUCCUCGCGAGUAUCGAGAUAUGGAGCCCAAUCAUGUUUAUGCAGAUGAACGGGAGCGCAUACCGAGAGAGCAUGAACGAGCCUUUGCUGGCCGUGGUCCAGAGUGGAAACAUGACUGGGGCAGUCCCCGAGAACGAACAGAAUGGACUGACGAGGGUCCUCCACCACCUGGAAGAGGAAUGGGGUUUGUUGGUGGUCCCAAAAGAGGCGGUAGCGCGGCAAUGGCUGCCAAAAUUGUGCCCAACAGAGACCAACGUGCAACAUCCGAACCCGAUUGGGAUAUUGAAGAAGGACAAAUUGAAACAGGAAAGAAACCAGAAAGUGGAAAUAUACGUGAAGCCGCUCUGCCUCGUGAUUGGGUAGAACAUGAUACACGUGAUAUGCCGCCUAUACGGGAAAAACCAAGUCCAGUAGGUCGACCAUGGGCUCCAGAAUGGCAUGAGGAUGAAGAAGUUAACUAUCAUCGCGUUCCGCCCCCUAUGCUACAUCAUCAUCCACGGGGCGAACGAGGUGGUCGCGGUGGCUUCCGCCGAGGUCCUACGAUUAUUGAGCACGGAGAACGAAUGCCCGGUAUACAUCCCCAUGGUUUUAGAUCUCAUGGACAUCCUGCGGGUGGUCUCUUAAGUUUACCUCUGCAAGGUGGACCUUUUCAUGGUGGUCCAAUGCCACGUUUCCCUAAUAAACGAAGCAUGACAUAUACUAACCCAAGUAUUCUGAAGAAACAACAAGCUGCUCUUGUGGCUGCAAAAGCAGCAGCACAAGCUAGUGCAGUAGCAGCCGCAACCACUGCAGUAGCAGCGGCAAAAGCCGCUGCCCAAAGUGCAGCAAACGCUACAACAAAUCCUGGCAUAUUAAGUCAAGUCAGCACUUUACGCCCUCAAUCACAACAGGAUGAAAAACCCGAAGCCGGAGAAAUUGUAGGUGAAAAUGAACAAAAAGAAGAAGUGAUUACUAUAGCUGAAGCAUCUAUCGGGGAGGGCAAACCAACUGGAGAGCUUAGUGAAAUCAGUGAUAGCGACGAUGAUAUCCUUAACAAAAGCGAAAAAAAACCUAAAUUGGAAAAUGAAGAUACGAGUUCUCAAGAACGUAUCAUUAACGAGCAAGACACCAAGUCGUCUGAUGAUAAAGGAGAUGAUGAAAUUUUAGAUUUUGAGGAGAUUUCAGAUGGUGAACUUGAAGAAGAGUCGCGAAUCAAAGGAGUUGGUGAUGCGUUGGGUGUCGAUUGGGCUUCUCUCGUGGCGGUAACCAAGCGUAUCCCAAAGGAUUCUCCCACCACGGCUAAACAGAGAUGGCAGCCUCACCGUAUAUUAUUGGAUAUAGGAGUUUCUAUGCGCAUGGCAGGAGAGGAUUAUGCUAAACGCUUAUUAAAAGAAGCCAAGCAAAAACUCGAUGAAGAGUUAGAGCAGCAAAAUUUAAAACAUGAAAUUAAGGAAGAACCACAACUUGAAGAAAACUCCCAAGCAUCGUUGGAGAAUGAAGAAAUCAAUAAAGAAAUUAAACCAUUCGACAAUGAGGAGCUUAAUAAAGAUUCGAAGCAAUCGUUACAAGACGGAAAAAUGGAACUCAAACCUAUAGUUGACAUAAAAGAUGCACAACUAAAUUUGGAUAAUUUACCACCUUUGGCUUGCGCACAAGUAGCUGAACGUAAACGUCAGCUAGAACGAAGUAAUUUAAUAGCUAACGCAUGUGGACCAAACAGUAGAGCUUUAAGUGCUCGACAAGAUUUAAAAUUACGCAGACAAUUGUGCGGUUUACCGGCAAGAGAAUGCGACUUUUCACGUAAUAUACCGCCGACAAGCGAGAAGAUCAAAGCGUUGGCAUUGGCAGCUUUUCAAAGAGCGUUGGAGGUUAAGUGAAGCAAUUUUGAAAUGAAAUGUUUAAUAAGCGCGUUAGUUAGUUUUACCCAACUUGCAAAGGCUUACACUUAUAUUGUCCUCCCUCACUUUUAAUAUAUAAAAAAAACCGUUAGAAAUCUUAUAAUAUCUCUCCGCCUAUCCGUUCGUUUAUUGAUAGAAUCUUCAACAAUUGAGCAAAAAUUCUUAUUACAAGUACGCAUCUUACCAUGUUCACGAAUGGUGACGAUUUAUCUGCAACAGUUAGAAAAUCCCGAAACCUGGUUAUGAUUUAAUAGCUGUUUACGAUCUGAAAUUUACUAAAAAC